AUGGCGAAACCAACUUCCGAUAUCGAUCGCCCUAAGCGAGAGUUGAAGGUGUUGUCAUUAGGCAUGACACGUACGGGUUCUGCCUCGAUAACCCAAGCCCUUGAGAUGUUGGGAUACCAAGGCGUGCACCAUGGUAUCCAAGCACUCAACUCGCCUCUUGAGUGGCAGCUUUUCAACAAAGCCUGCGACUCUUUCUUUCCUAUUCUUCCGACAUACACCGGAGCACCCUUUACACGCGCUGACUGGGACAUCGUCUUUGGACCCUACGAAGCCGUCACCGAUCUGGGCUCCUUCUUCGCGCCGCAGCUCAUCGAGGCGUACCCAGAAGCGAAGGUGAUCCUGGUAGAGCGCGAUAUUGAUGCAUGGUACGAUAGUAUGGAAGAGGCCAUUUUCAGCACCACAUGGGGACUGCGUGCGGAUCUAAUUAUCAACGUACUGGGACCGCUGUACGGGCUGACUGGCGGCAAGACGAUUCGCAAAAUGAUGUUGGGAUAUUAUGGUGUGCGAAACGUGCAUGACAUGCGCCGAGUAGCCAAGGACCGGUACAAGCAACACUAUGCUGAGAUUCGGGCUGCAGUGCCCAAGGAACGAUUGCUUGAGUUCCGCUUGGAAGAUGGCUGGGAGCCACUAUGCGAGUUUCUUGACAAAGACGUACCUGGGGCUCCAUUUCCCACGAAGAACAAGAGAGGAGAGCAUGUGAAGCGGGUGAGGCAAAAGCAGAAUAUGUUCUUUAAGCACGUUGCGAUAAGGUUUGCCAAGAAAGCGGUACCUUGUAGUGUGGUUGUUGGGCUCAUGGGCUUGCUAGUUUGGAAAAGCAGGUCGCGUGCCCAGUGGGUAGGAACAUUGGAAGUGAUCAAAAAGGUAAUCUCGGAUCGAUUGUAA